AUGUUAGAUAAAAGAGAACCAAUUCGUGUUUGACAUGCCGCGAGGUGUUCGUCGAGAAGAUCUCAAUGCUGCUGGGGAGGGCAGCCCCAGCGAAGGAAAACUUCGCCAGCGCUUUGGUCGCGACGAGGACCAUCUACUGGUGCUGCAAGUGAGUGUGGACGCACCGUAUAACGCCCGCCACGGCGCCAUAGGAGAGACAUGGGACGCCGUAGCUGAACGUCUGAAUGACCAUCCAGACUUCCACAUGCGCCCCAUAAAGGGCACAACUGCUAAGGCACGUUUCGAUACGAUCGUGGCUCGUCAUCGACUGUGGAUGGAGAAGGCCAGUGUCGAGGGCUCUGACGAAAUCGAUAGUCCGUUCCGCAAGAUCAUGAACGAAUUGGUUAAGGAGAUCGAUGCUCGUCCCAAGGGCAAUGCCAGACUUCCUGAAGACGGGAGUGGAGAAGAGCAAGAAGAGGGAACGACGAGGGGAUCACGAACUAGCUCGCGACUUGGCAAGCGUCGAGCAAGCUCGGACACAUUUGAAGAGGAGCCUGCGAGACGCGAAGUCUUGAAGGUGCCAAAAGCCAGUGGCACGAAGCAGACGCAGAGUCAACCUAGUGACUCGGAGCCUGCUGUGACGCAAGAGACGGUAGCAAAUGAAGAGCCUGCACCGUCACAACAACCAGUGACUGGAGACUUGGUCACAGUCCAGCAGGCGAUGGCUGAGCUGAUAAAAAUGCAACACGCCUUCGCGACGGGGCCUAGUGAGAUUCAUAUUCAUGCACUGGAGAAGAUGAAUGAGGCGAGAAUCCGUGAAGAGGAAGAGAAGACGAAACAGCGUGGCAUCGAACUUCAAAUCGAGAUCCAGCGCACUAAGCGACGACAAUUGGAGCUGGAAUUUGAACGAGAGGAACGGAAGAAGGACCGUGAAGAACACGCCAAGUUGAUUGCGAGUCUAGUGCAGCGUCUCGAACCGAAGAGAGAUUAGGCUCAGGCCCACAGAUUAGUGAUUAUGUGCUACAUGAUGCGUGUUGCGUAUAUCAUUGAAGGCAAGCACACUUCCAUCGUCCAGAAUCUGCCAAUUUCAUGAAACAAAGUCACUUGCUUCGGCGCGAUACCAGAGCGACACAGAAACAGCGAACAACAACCUCAAGUUUGUCACUAUCAAUGACAGUUUGUUAUCGACACCUCGCUAUCACCUAUUAGAAGUACUUCGUACUACAGUAGUAGUAUCCUACGUAAGCCUUACGAUCCCAUACACAGAGAAUACUUCACAGAAUGAUGGAAUUCAUAUAUUUUUUUUCUUGAUCGAAGACCAA